CGCGCUAGAACCUAACUCCACGAGACGAUGAACCACAUCGGCCACAGUGCUGGUUAUUGCAUAGGAUAGAACGACGUCCAUUUUGCUGUUGGAAGGCGCUUCUAGUGAAAAAUCUGUAACUGUGUGAUAUCUCUUCAUUGGGUGAAUCAUCUGCAUUUUUAAUAUUCCCUGUCCGCUGCUGGAUACGGUAGUAGUUACAUUGCACACAACAUCUACGUUUACACAAAUACGCCAUGAAUCAGCCCGAGAGAUACGAGCUCAUUGAGCUUAUGGGCCUGCCAAAGGUCACUUACGAGCUUGACACAAAAUCCCCAAACACGGCUAAUAUUACGAUUGAAAAAGAAGAUCACACGCUCGCAAACAUGCUCCGCACUCAACUGCUGUACGAUGAGCGAGUUGUCUUCGCGGGUUACCGUGUCCCCCAUCCUUUAAAUCACAAUUUCAUCCUCCGGGUUCAAACGACGGAGGAGUGUUCACCAAAACAGGCAAUUAUUGAUGCCUCAAAAAGUCUCAUUACCGUUCUUGAACAGCUGAAAGUAAACUUCACUCGAGAAUGGGAGCUGAAAAAGAUUUCCGACGAAGGCGUCGAAAUGGACUUCUCAUAGAAUGUUGCAUGUGUGUGCAACAGUCUCUGCUGAGCAAUUCUGAAGCGAGUUGCGGCCGAUAGCGAUUAUUGUUUACGUACGAAUAUAUAGUCAAUGUGGGAAAAAGAAAAGAAACAUUACAUACGCAAUUGUUUAAAGAAGGAUCCGACAGACGCUACAUAGUAAUUUCGCAAUGUUUCGUAUAUCUUUGGGCUGUUUCAGU